UGACUAGACUCGACUCAACUAAACUCGCGUCGUCGGGGUCGAGCGAAUUUCGAAUCUGGAAAAGAAUGGAAAGUAGACAAAAGUCAUCUCUGUGAUCUUUGUGAUCAGUGGUGGUGAUCUUCGUGACCUUCGUGAUCUUCGAUUACACGAUAAAGAGUCAGCAACGAGUUAAAUCGGUAGGAGUACGCAAGAAAUUACAGAGAGAGAUCCCACUUCCUUUAAACAAUUUCCGGUGAGAGUGAAUUGAAAGAACUAAGGCUGCCCCAGUGCCCACUCCAAAAUGUCCGUCCAGCGUGCCAAACGUAGGAAACUCUCCGAGGAGUUUCUACCGUCACAGGACAAUUCGACCAGCCAACCAGACAACCAUUUUGAUUUUGCUGACUUUGAGAAUUGGACACCGCACGUCAUCUGCAAGUAUCUAACAGCUAAAGGAUUUGCUAAUGAAGCACAGUUGUUUAAAAAACAAGAAAUAUCUGGCAAAGUUAUGGACAAGCUGACAGAAGAAUUGCUCCACAAGAAGAUUGGUGUGAGGGUUUUGGGGAAACGCUUAGAGUUACUUCAAGAAUUCCAGAAUCUGAAGAAAUUGCGUGACAAUGCCAGGCCCAAAGUCUUUCUAGAUUCACUCAAGGUAUUUAACGACCCAAUCCAUGGACAUAUUGAGGUGCAUCCACUCUGCGUUCAAAUCAUCGACACCCCACAAUUCCAGAGGUUGCGGUACAUCAAACAGCUGGGCUGCAGCUACCUAGUCUUCCCUGGUGCAGCGCACAAUAGAUUUGAGCAUUCAUUAGGAGUGAGUCACUUGGCAGGGAUAUUAUGUCGGACUCUGCAGGAAAGGCAGCAAGACCUGAACAUCACAGAGAAAGACAUCCUUUGUGUUGAAAUUGCGGGUCUCUGCCAUGACUUGGGCCAUGGUCCAUUUUCCCACAUGUUCGAUCAGCUCUUCAUUCCGGCCGUCAGACCAGAUUCAAACUGGACGCACGAGAAAGCCUCGAUGGACAUGUUUGACUAUCUGAUUGAAGCCAACCAACUGAAAGACGUCUUUGCCAAGUAUGGCUUAGACGCCCAAGACAUCAGUUUCAUCAAGGAGCAAAUUGCUGGGCCACAGGAGCAACAUAAUAAAUCUUGGCCCUACAGAGGCCGUACCAAGGACAAGAGCUUCUUGUACGAGAUUGUCGCCAACAAGCGUAACGGUAUCGACGUGGACAAGUGGGACUACUUCUUGCGAGACUGCCACAACCUGGGCAUCUCUAGCAGCUUUGACUGCCACCGAUUCAUGAAGUUCUCCCGAGUCAUCGAGGUGGACGGCAAGAAGCAGAUAUGCGCCAGGGAUAAGGAAGUGGGAAAUUUGUACGACAUGUUUCACACACGCAACAGCCUCCACCGCCGCGCCUACCAGCACAAGGUGAACAAGAUCAUCGAAAGCAUGCUUGUUGAAGCAUUAGUAAAGGCAAACGAUCACUUCUUGGUCAAAGGAAAGGAAGGUAAAAUGUUGAAGAUAUCAGAAGCGAUCGAUGACAUGGUCGCCUACACCAACAUGACCGACGACAUCAUCCUUCAGAUCAUGCGUUCCGAUGACCCAGCCCUGGCUGAGUCCCGUCGCAUUCUGGAGAUGGUCCAACGCCGUCAGCUGUACAAGUGCAUCGGCCAGACACAGCCCCCCGACGGAACCUUUAUUGAUAGGAACAGAGUUCCUGAGAUGAAGGAGGAGAUCAUUGGAGCUCAGGAAACAAAAGACAUGGACGGUGUGCAACUCACGGCCGACCAGCUGAUCAUACAUAUUGUGGAUCUGAAUUACGGCAUGGGUCGGAAGAAUCCAAUCGACCACAUGAGAUUCUACUCCAAGGCCAACCCCCAGCAAGCAGUCGUGGUCCGAAAGGGUCAGGUUUCGCAAAUGUUGCCAGAGCGUUUCGCUGAGCAGCACAUCCGUGUUUACUGCAAGCGACGUGACCCAGAAUACAUCAACAAGGCUUUCGAGUGCUUCCAGAGCUGGUGUGACAAGAAAAACUACACGGUGCAAAAGGCCGGCAAUGUGCAUGACCCCGAGUUGACCCCGGCCAAGUCCGGGUCGCAAGAGGACAACCGGACGCCGGAGAAGCAGAAAUCCCGAACCCGACUGUCCAUGUAAUGCGAUGCAUGCUGUGGGACACCAGUGAAAAACCAGCAUAUUCUGAGGUCUGAGAAUGAUAGAACUGCUCUGCUAUCGCCACACAACGCAGAAGGAGACUGCCAUUUACAAUGUCGUGCCGUUGCCCAGGUCAUGAUUGGAUCACAUGGGAUCUACGGUAUCUUACAAGAUUUUCCAAUAAACCACGACAAAGGCUUUCCUUUGAAAUUGUUCGUUCCUCGUUACUUGUGACCAGACUUGUGAUCUACUUGUGACCAGAUUUAUGAUGCACUUGUGAACCAUCACAAGUACUUUGACAACAUUUAUAUAUCCCACCUAUGUGGAAAAUGAUCCCACCUAUGUGGAAGGUGUUAUUUGCUGAACAUUAGCCUCUCAAGAUCUUUCAAAAAAGUAGAAAUUUUCAGGAUUUUUAAGAAGGAAGAGUACAGCCACUGUUAACAUCAGACUUGAGGUCCUUUGAAUCAUGAAAUGCAAGACUGUGUUAAUGCACAGAGCUGAAUUUCUUAGGAUUCAAGAAAAUUUCUUUGGGAGUCAGGGUUAAGGACAAAUACCAACUGCACUAACAUUUUUUUCCGCUUGCACUGAUGCAUGUGUAAUUGGAAGCCGUGGCCAACACUGCCAAAUUUAUUCUUCAACUUAAGGCCAGUUCUUACUUGCCGCGAAUUUCAGUUAGGGUAACGACAAACGACACAAUGAAGCUUCAGCUGUUGGUGCCAUGGAAAUCACUUCGCUUUCGUUUCGACGUGAAGUAUGAAUACCAACUGCAGUAACAUUUUGUUCGCUUCCAUUGUGUUAUUGGAAGCCGUAACCAACACUGCCAAAUUUAUUCAACGACUUAAGGCCAGUUCUUACUUGAGAAGAAUUUCAGUUACA